AUGGACAGCCGCGGCUCUCCACGUGCCGCUGGGGGCAGCAGCUUUGCUGCCUCCUCUCUUGCUGCUCCAGUUGCUGCUGAUGCCGCUGCUGCUGCUGCUGCUGCUAAUGUUGCUGAAGAUGAUGAAGAUGCUGUUGCUGCUCUCCCUGCUGCUGCUGCUCCCCCUCCAGCAGCAGCAGCAGCAGCAGCAGAACAUAAAACAGGUACUUCUCCUAUAGGGUUUCCUGUUGUUGCUGUAAGAGCUUUCUCCUCUGCCCGCCGCAACAAACGCAGCAGCAGCAGCAGCAGCAGCAACAGCAGCAGCAGCGGCAUUCUUUAUACUCACAUGGAUAGUACCAAUGGUGCAGCAGCAGCAGCAGCAAAUCAUAUUUCAAUUCCUCAUUCGGAGGAUAUUCAUUCCUCUGCUGCUGCUGCUGCUGCUGCCGCUGAGCAGCAGCAGCAGCAGCAGCACCAGCAGCAGCAGCAGCAGCAGCAGCAGGAGACAUUACAUGAUCCUUCUACUGAUUAUCCUUUUUCUGCAGUUGUAUAUCCACAGGUUGCUGUCCCCAUAGAUCCCCAUUACCAGCAGCAGCAACUGCAGCAGCAGCAGCAACUGCUGCUACUUCAGCAGCAGCAGCAGCAGCAGCAGCAGCAGCAGCAGCAGCAUUCUGCAUACGGUGCUUCUACUUCUGCUCCAGCAGCAGCAACAGCAGCAACAGCAGCAGAUCCUUCUUCUUCAUCAUCCGAUCCUACAUCAACAACAAUACCAGCAGAAGCAGCAGCAGCAGCAGCAGCAGCAGCAGCAGCAGCAGCAGCAGCAGCAGCAGCAACAGCAGCAGGAGAUGGAUUAAUAAUACAAUCAUUAGACCCCUCUCGUGAAUCUGCAGACUGUGGUGAAUCAGGAUCAGGAGGAGGAAUAGAAGGAGCAGCAACAGGAGAAGCAGCAACAGCAGCAACAGGA